GCAUUUUCUAGUUUAUAGGCUUCGCCUAUGUUCUCAUGAUUCCCACAUGACAGCUCUUGAAGAGGAGAGGAGAAGACAGAGUGAAGCGAUGGAACAGUUGAGAGAACAAGCAUGAUGCUGCAGAGGAUCUAAAGAGACAAUCUUUGAGGCCAUGGUGAGGCACAGAUGCAGGUUCUGCCGCCGCCGCUUCUCCGGUGGCCGUGCCCUCGCCGACCACAUGCGGUCUCACGUGACCUCUGCUUUUAAGAUGGCUCGGCAGGCCUUCCCCUCGCCGCCCGCCUCCUCGUCUUCCUUCCCGGUGGCGGCCGAGGAUGGGCCGGCGGUAGCAGUGGCGUAUAGACUGCGGGAGAAUCCCAGGAAAAGCUUCCGCCUUGCGGACUCCGAGUUCUCCACCCCCGGAGCUGCGGCCGAGGGCGUCGCGGGCGGAUCUUACUCUGUUGUCCAGGAUGGCGAGAGCGACGCGGAGUCGUCCUUCCGACGGCGGUUUGGCCGUCCUCGCCUCCAAGAAGAUGCCUUUGCUGACGCUAGGCCGGUCAGUUCCAUCUCUAACACCUCCACCGAGGAGGACGUCGCCCGCUGCCUCAUGCUUCUCUCCCGCGACGCCAGGCCCAAAUCCGAAGCAAGGGGCCACCAAUCCAAUGGCUGCGUCGAGGCCAAUGGUGACCAAGUGGAGGCGAUCUAUUACGAUGACGAGGUGGUGGAAAAGAAGGACCCGCCGGUCGCCACCAGAUCGCGGCGGAAGAAGACAAGGUACCAGUGCAGCACGUGCCGCAAGUUCUUCCGAUCGUAUCAAGCUCUCGGCGGCCACCGCGCGAGUCACAAGAGGGUGGGGCUAGAAUGCAUUACUACCGCCGAUGCCGAUGCCGAUGCCGAUGCUGCUGAUCGUGAGCCCAUGCUCUUCGAUUGCCCUUACUGUUACAGGGUCUUCUCCUCCGGCCAGGCUCUUGGCGGUCAUAAAAGAUCCCACCUUUCCUCCGCCAUCGACGUCGCCACAAAAGUCCCCGCUCUCCUUCCGCCGCCGCAGCUCUCUGCCUUGGCCAUUAACGAUGACUUCAUCGACCUCAACGUCCCAGCUCCAUUGGAAGAGGAGCCAGACCACUCGGCGCUGUCCGUCGCAACGGAAUUCGCAUCAAAGUGAUUCCUUUCGUCCAAACUGAUCACUCUCGUAGCUCAAAGACGCAGAGGCCAUUCGAGAUGAAUUCUUCAGAAGCGAUGCUGCAACUAUCGAAAAUCUAUCUUUGAAGUUAAUUUCGUAAGAGAAGAUAAGUCGAAUCCGAUUUAUAUCA